AUGUCACUGAAGACUGGCUGGAAGUAUUUUCGCUCCAGCAUCUAUUUUUUCUCCACUGUGAGGAAAACCUGGUAUGAGGCCCGGGAGGACUCCAAACAAAGAGGAGCCGACCUGGUGAUCAUCAACAGCAAAGAGGAACAGACCUUCCUCUCAGUUCGUCGAACUGAAGGCUGGAUUGGUCUCACAGACAGAGAAAGAGAGGGGGUGUGGAGGUGGGUGGAUGGGACUCCAUUGACAAGAAGGUACUGGUGGUCAGGCCAGCCAAAUGACUACCAAGGUAACCAGGACUGUGCCCGUCUCUACAAUACUAAAUGGGAUGAUAAACCAUGCUCUACACACUAUGUGUGGACCUGUGAGAAACAGGUUAAAUUUUAG